AUGAUUCUGAAAAACAAUCCUCUCGUCAUUGGAGCCAUUGGCAUUAUUUCGGUUGCGUUUCUGGGACGUCUGGCAGUCCUUCCUUGGUUCAAGGAUGCAGGCUCCGACCCGCCGCCGGUCCUUGUAUGCCUCGCCUUGAAUGGCCUUCGCAACCUUGCCCUCGCCGAUACCAGCCUCGCCCAGACCCCAUUACAGCUGUUCAGCCUUGAACCAUCAACAUACCAACAUCCCGAGGUGAUUCAUUCCACUUCCACAGCUUACCGUGAGUUUUGUGAAGCCGUCAUUCAGGCUCGCGACCGCAAAAUCGAGUCUCUUCCCUCGGGCAGACAAGGCCGGUUCCACCAAGAGGUGCUGGACGUUGUAUAUGUCGUUGCCGAUAUGCUUGUGGACGAGGGCAGCGGACAAUGGUUUUUGGUCAAUAUGCAAAGCGGGUUGGACGCCAACCAAGGUAUUCGGGAUUACUUUGCCAGAUUCAGCUUCGGGAUCAUCAAGUCAGCGGCUGUAAAAAGGGAGAUUUUCAUCAAACGCGCUUGCCAGGCGAUUUGGGAGGCUACUUACCUCGCUAACAAAAGGGGCGUUGGCUAUUAUAGCCACCGUAGUUAG